CCCGCGCCGCAGAGCAGCCCGCGGCGGCCCCGGCGGAGCGCGGCGCGGCGGCCCUAUGGGCGGGCGGCCCGGCGGCGGCGCAGAGAGGCUCCCGGCGACAGAGCGGGACCCGGCACCGGCGCGGCCGCGGUCGGCGAUGCGGUGGCCCAGCUGAAAGGCGCGGUCCCCGCCGCUCGCCCGCGGGCCAUGGCCGUCCGCGGCGGUAACGCCCUGACGCCUUUCUCCAUCCAGGCCAUCCUCAACAAGAAGGAGGAGAGCGCCCGCCACGCGGCGGGGCGGCCCCCGGGGGCGGCGGGCGGCUGGCGGCCGUGCGGCGCCGCCGAGGUCCCGCCGCGCCUCGCGCCCCGCGCGCUGCCGGGCUGCGACUCGGACUCGGCGCUCAGCGAGGAGCCCGAGGGCGAGCGGCGCUCCGAGGAGGAGGGCGCCGGCGGCAGCUCCCGCCCCGCCGAACCCGCGGGCCGGGGGCGCCCGGCGGCCGAGGAGGAGGCGACGGAGCGGGACGCCGCCGGCCUCAGCGACAGCGAGGGUUCGGCCGCCGUCUCAGAUCGCAGCCCGCCGGAGGAGGAAGACGGAGCGGGCAAGUGCGGGAAGCUGCUGCCGGGGGAGGAGGAGGCGGCGGCGCCGAAGCCGCGGAAGAAGCGCUCCCGCGCAGCCUUUUCCCACGCGCAGGUCUUCGAGCUGGAGCGGCGCUUCAACCACCAGCGGUACCUGUCGGGGCCCGAGCGGGCCGAUUUGGCCGCUUCCCUGAAGCUCACCGAGACGCAGGUGAAGAUCUGGUUCCAGAACCGGCGCUACAAGACCAAGAGGCGGCAGAUGGCCGCAGACCUCCUGUCCGCCGCCCCCGCCGCCAAGAAAGUGGCCGUCAAGGUGCUGGUGCGCGACGACCAGAGACAGUACCACCCCGGCGAGGUGCUGCGGCCGCCCUCGCUGCUCUCCCUCCAGCCCUCCUACUACUACCCCUACUACUGCCUGCCCGGGUGGGCUCUGUCCACCUGCGCUGCGGCCGCUGGCCCCCAGUGAGGGGGCACACACACACGGCCCCCCUCCCCGGCCCCUCCACCACACACGCUGGAGACCCAUCUCACCUCUGCCACCUCCCUGUCCAUCCGUACAUCCGGCCACUGUCUCAAAUCCAGAGCCUCAGCUGCAGCUCUCAGUGCUUCGGACAGUAUUUAUUAUUAUUAUUUUAUUGUUAUUUUUAUUAUUAAUAUUAUUUGGAUGAUUCCUCUUCUCUUCCAACGUAGGACUUCUUGGCCACCCCCGCCCCAACCCUCACCCCGUUCCCAGCCCGCCAGCCGAGGACUCUCGCGAUUCGGCACGACUAGUUCAUGGUAUCCAUGUUGUCAGUGUGUUUGGUGUAGACUUUUUGUUUGUUUGUUUUAUUUCACUUUGAAUUGGUAGAGACUCGAUCUUGUGUGGGAGAGGGAAGGAGAGAGAAAAAAAAAAAAAAAAAAAAGGAGAGGGGAAAAAAAAAGCCACACCAACCCUCAAAGCCAAAUGCAGCUCAAAAGAGAUCAAGGACUCCUUCGGUGGAUUGUAAGGAUUAUUUUUGACGUCUGUUUGAGUCCUUGGUCUUCCAACUCGUUGCAAACCGAGUGUGCCUUGUAUGGUGCUGAAUGUAAGGAAGACUUUCAGAUUCCCCUUGCUCUUGUUGCCUAUGUUAUUCCUGUACUCCGUGAUCCCUGGCAAAGGAUAAAUAUGUCAUAAAAGGGUGAGACUUAUAUCGAAGCUACAGACUUCUUUUCCUUGUUUUCUGAAAUCUUUCCGUGUUUGGGAGGGAGAAAUUACGGAUUUUUUUCGCACUUUCCAGUUGUAUUAAAGUUGUUGUUGUUAUUAUUUUUAUAUUCAAUGUGAAUAUUUCUAGUCAGGCUUUUUAAGAAAUUGAUGUAACAGGAAAUUUUAAUGCUAUCAGUGCCUUUUACAGUUCUUCUGCAGACCUCUCCUUCAGGGGCGGGGAUUUCUGAUCUGCUCAGCGAUGUAAUUACAGUCUCUUUCUUUCAAGGUAACUCAUGGCUUUUUUUUCUUCUUUCCCCCUCCCCUUUCUCUUUUAAUGGCACUGUGCACUCAACUCGAUUAUUUACUUCAAAUGAAUUGUGAAUGUUUGUAAGC